AUGGUCACCUUUCACCACCCUGUUGUCGCCGUCUCGCAUGGGCCCGGUCCGUUGUGGCUUCUCUCGUCAGGCUUUGCCGGCAUGAACAACGCUAGUCUUCCAGCUCGUGCACUAACGACUACGUUUGAAAAGCUGUAUCCUAACGGAACAAACCUACCCAAGCGCAUCUUGUGUAUUUCUGCUCACUGGGAGUCCGAGAGCAGUGGGUAUGAAAUUUCCAGCGCCACUGAACCCGGCAUGAUUUACGACUACCACGGGUUUCCCAGUGAAGCUUACGACGUUGUUUACCCUGCAAAUGGUGAUCCCAUUUUCGCGAAAAGGGUGAAGGCCGAGCUUGAAAAAAACAACAUCAAGGCAAAGCUUGUGGACCGUGGCUUUGACCACGGCGUAUUCGUGCCCAUGCUUCUAAUCCGUCCCGAAGCUGACAUCCCAAUCGUUACCAUGUCGAUUAACUCACGCCUAGGUAAUAAGGUGCACUUUGACCUUGGGAAAGUCAUUGCAUCUUUUCGUGACGAAGAUACGCUAAUUCUUUGCUCUGGACAAGCUACGCACAAUUUACGGGCUGGCGGCGACCAGAAUAGCCCGGUUGUAGAUUGGGCCUCGGCAUUCCAAGGUUGGUUGGACAAAACACUCACGAUGGACUCUAAUCAGUCCUACAGCCAACGUAAGGACGAGAUUACCAACUGGCAUGAUGCUCCUGCUGCGAGACUCGCACACCCAACGCCGGACCACUUUAUUCCGUUUGUCAUCGGUGCUGGCGCGGGCAUGGAGGAGAGCAAACCCGAAGCGAGUAAAGUGUGUAGCGGGUGGGGAAUGGGUCAUAUGUCGUUUACCACUUAUUCCUGGGGUAUUGAGCUCUAA